UUCUGUGGCCUUUUCACACGAGCUCCCAAAGUAUUUUUAAUAAGCAAGUUUGCCUUUCCAAGCAGAUGCACGCCAUCUCAGCUCCUCCACUCUUCUGCUAUGUAUCUCAAACCCAAGCUCAGGCCUCUUGUGUGAGGCUGCUCUUUGUUUGGUGCCCAGGCCCAAGCUUAAAUGGAGCUCCAGCUCAGGGGCACAACAUGCACCGAGUCCUAGGGGACUGCUGAGGCCAUUACUGCCUUUCGGAGCCCUCGGGGCCCUGCCCCUCACUGCAGUCCUGUGCUCCCCUUGGCAGCGCACACCUCUUUCUCGAAGUACACCUCACUGAAAAGCCCUCGUUGUCACUUGGGAACACAACACUGUGUCCAGAUGAGGACCACAUGCGGUCACCGGCAAUAAGAGACUGUAUUUUUGUUCAGUUUCCAGCUUGGCAGAUGCCGGAAGACCUAUUGAACCAGAUGUUCAAUGCUCACAGUCACAAACUGCAGAAAGGCAGAACGAAAAGAAAAGCCACGCUCUGCAACAGCCGACAGCUACAGGUGCUCCCCUAUGCAGCACGCCGUCACCGACCUCCAGUAGACGGCACCACCCACACGAUAAAAGGAAAGCAGGAGCAGGCGCUCCUCAGCCAGCUCUCCGCCCCUCCCGACCUAUCGCUGCCCGGGCCGCCCACAGCAGCGCCGUCGCGGCGUGGCUGUGGAGGACGAGGCGAAGCGAUGUCCGCCAUGUCGCGCUCUCAGCGCUCCCGCAGCGCCUACUACUUCUUCGUGCGUGACCGGCUGCCCGUGCUGCGGCAGCGCGGCCUGCCCGUGGCCCGAGUGGUCGAUGGCUUUCCCCACCUCACCCAAGAGUGGGCGCUGCUGGCGGAGGAGGAGAGGAUGUUCUAUGCAGAGAAGGCUCAAAAGUGGAAUGAAAAGAAGUCCUCUCAGAAGGCGGUGAAGGAGAUGUUUAACAAUCCAGUACCUGCUGGUGCGACUACAGAAAUGUACAGAGUGACAUCUCUUCUUGAUGCCUCUGCUAUAUCGUGGAUGAGUGAUCAGGCUGUGCUUGCAGACAUCUUCUAUUUCCUCAAUGUUUACAGUCAUGGCAAGCUGCCGUCCCACUGUGACCAGCGCUUCCUCCCUUGUGAAAUUGGGUGUGUCAAGUACUCCCUGCAGGAAGGCAUAAUGGCUGAAUUCCAUCACUUCAUAGAUUCAGAAGUACCACCACGUGGUUAUCGGUACCACUGCCAGGCUGCUAGUGAUGCCACUCAUAAGAUCCCUAUAUCUGGAUUUCAUCUUUCGCGUACUUGCUACCCAGUUGUCAUACGUGAACUUCUUCAGUUUGCCCAGCCAGCCAGAGGUGUUUGGCAUCGUUUUUACUGCAAGUCUGAUGACAGAUUCCGAAUCAGCUGGUGUCUUGAACGAAUGGCCAGCGUGGCAGGUGUUGAGAGCCCUCUGGAGCUUCUUACUGUAGAAGACCUGGUAAUAAAAAUGUACCAGAAGAAAUACCAUAAGGAGCCAUCCAAGACUUGGGUGUCUAGAGAGCUAGAUGUUGUCCUGUGGGAUUUUUCCAGUAAUACCAGGUGUGAAUGGCAUGAAGAGAAUGAUAUACUUUGCUGUGCUUUGGCAUCCUGUAAGAAAAUCGCUUAUUGCAUCAGUAAAUCGUUAGCUGGUGUGUAUGGAGUCUCACUGACAGCUGCUCACCUGCCUCUUAAAGACCAUGUUUCCAGUGGAAAUACAAAUCUCAGGCGGGUAAUACUGGAUGCUGGACGUUUUCAGGACUUGAAGGCUGAGGGUUCUGGAAGUGACAGACACAUCCUUUCUCCAAGCAGAGUUCAAGAACUUGUCCUUUCUAGUUGUGAUUCUCCAUGUGAUGUGACGAGUUUUUCUUAUGGAACAAGUACCAUUCGAGGAAGAGGAAUUACUCGAUGGCUGGAAAGUACACCUGAUCUGAGCAAAUCUUUCAGCAACUAAAAAUCUUCACGUCCAGGACAGCCAUAUAUAUAUAUUUUUUUUCUUUCUUGUUUCCCUAAGAUAACCAACAGUUUCUCCAGACUGCAGUUUUUCAUCUUACAUGCAAUUUUUGAUUGUUCGUGUUCUUGUUAAAAUGAUAAAACUGUCAUUUACUGAACUUAAGGUAAGAAAAACUUCUUCAUUACCUACGGGAUGGUGUUUGCAAGUGCAUCCUUUCUAAAAAGCAGUGCCAUGAUAGUUCUGUUUCUUAAUGGAUGGAGUGCAAAUUUAAGAGUGUUUAGCUGCAUCACUGGAUUAGAAAUUCUUUAGUGGCCUGUGCAGCUUUAUUUUUUUUCUUUAGUAACCUCCUUCACCACAUUUUUAUGUGCAAGAUAAUAUUUCAGUGCAUAACUGCCUCCCUCCAAAUACAUUGGAGAGAGCAGUGGAGAUAUGACAGGAUGCACUGGGGAAUGUAAAGUGUCAUGGUAGCUCAAUGGUUUUUUUUCCACCCAUUGAGAACUCGAUGCAAAAAAGCAGAUGUUCUAUCAAAAAGUGUUGUUGUCUGUUGGUAUUCUUUUGGAGGCAUAAACUAUGUAUCAGGAAUAUGGAUAUUGUUUUCUCCUUUGCAUCAGCAAUUAAAAGAUUCGUGUUUGUUAAAAUUAGUGCUGACUUUUUUUAAUGACUGAAACCAGUCAAUUAUUUGAGGGGACAGGAAUACUGGGAGUAAUUCCAGUAUUCCCAGGAACGAUGGGAAGUUAGAUGUUUCAUGGAGAUGCAAAUCUUGGAUGUGGCUCUAAUCAGUUGUCUAUUAUGUAAACAUCCUCCUUAGUGCAUGUGUCUUUGAACAACUGAUUCUCAAAAAUAAAAGCUUUUUUAGGUUUUUUUUUUUUUACAUCUUGUUCCAGCAGAAGUCCAGUUGUGCAGUACCAUCUCCAUAGCAACUAACUGUGAGAGGAAAUGAGUUUCAUUCUUUUUAGGAACUGGAUCUUAGAAUUGAGUAGUUCCAUGUUUUGAAUGAUAGGAGGGGAGGAAAAAAAAGGAUUGACACACUUGUGAGCAAACUCAGGUGUGCUGAUGAGUAUUUUAGAAAAUGCCAGUUGCUGGUUUGAUUGGAAACCUGUUAAAAGUUGCUGUAAAGCCAUUUGAGAGCCUUCUUCCAUGAUCACUGGACCAUCCUACUUAAGAGCUUGCUUUUGUCACUGAAUUUCCUUGAGUAACUCUGUUUGCUUCGAGGUGGUUGUUCUGUCUGCUAGACAUCACCAGUUAAAGGUUAAUAAACCUUGAAGACUGAGUUCACCAGGCUUCAAGGCAUCAGGGAGCUUUGUAACAGCGUAACAAGGUCUACAUAUUAGUGGUAAAGGUUGUUUUCUGCUGUGGAAUACAGUUGAGUUUUCAGUUUUCCAGCUGAUGGCUGCAUUGAUGUUUCAGAAUGUACAGAACUGUAAUCUUUGGAUUAUUUUCAGAAGUCAGUACAAUAAAAGUUUCAUGUUUCAGUUCUUA